UCCAUCAUUUUAAUUUUUUUUAAUAUUUAUAUUUAUUUAUUUAAAUAUAUCGUUCAGUUUCGAUGCUUUCGAUGCAUCGCACGGGUGGGCGUACUAGUUUACAAAUUCAGGCACACAGCUUACCAUUUACACUUACAAACCUCCCUAAAACCACACUUAUGUUACAUAUUCAAUCGGAACACAGAAAAAACAAAUAAAAGGCAUAAACCACCGCCCUUUGGCUUGCAAAAAAUAAGAGAAAAACACAGUAACCCUAGUAAUAACUGCACCAGCUUCUCUCUCUCUCCCUCUCUCUUGCGCUUUCUCGUCGCCGUGCCACCAUAGAUUAGAUAGCUUUCUGUUGGAGUGUUUUCUCUCACCAAUUUUUGGACUAUAAUUUCGUGCUUCUGCUGUUUCCAUUAAGGGAGUUAUCGAAACUUGAAGUAUUUUGAGUUCAGAAGAGGCGAAACUAUAUGGAGGAUUGGGAAGAUGAGCCUGUUCCAGAUAUCCUGAGCAAAAAGGAGAUACUGAAGAGCAAUUGGGAGGAUGAGGAUUUGGACGAUGACGAUGUCAAGGAUUCUUGGGAAGAUGAAGAGGAGCCUACAAAGGAACCCAAAGCUGAGCCACUGCCACCUCCUGAAAAGUCCAUUCAAAAGACAGCAGCAAAAACAGAAGAAAAGAAGGUGAAAGCUGUUCAAGCCACAAAAGAGGCGCCUUUAGAUCCUAUAGAAGAAAAACUCCGCCAGCAGAGGCUUGUAGAAGAAGCCGAUUUUAAGUCUACUGCAGAAUUGUUUGCCAAGAAGGGUGAUGAAAAGACACUGGAUAAUUUUAUUCCGAACAGUGAGAGUGAUUUCCUGGAAUAUGCGGAAAUGAUCUCUCAUAAACUUCGUCCAUAUGAGAAAAGCUAUCACUAUAUUGGGUUGCUGAAGUCUGUAAUGAGAUUGUCAUUGACAUCUUUGAAAGGUGCGGAUGUCAAAGAUGUUGCUUCAUCCAUUACUGCAAUUGCAAAUGAAAAGAUAAAAGCUGAAAAAGAAGCCAAUGCUAGCAAAAAGAAGACAGUUGGAAAGAAGAAACAACUGCAUGUUGGCAAGCCAGAUGAUGAUGUGGUGGUUGAUGGUUACGAUGGUUAUGAUGACUAUGAUUUUAUGUGAGCCAGCAUUAUUUCCAUAUCAGCAUUGUGUGUUGUUCCAAAUGGAAUACAUAACGCUACAAAUAUGAAGAGAAUCCCGCGACCUGUUUCAUUUCCUUAAUUGGGAGAUGGAUUGUAACAUUUUUUGUUUUUUUGAUGGAAUAACUGAAUAAGGAGUUCUACAUUGUUCAGAUUUUGUUUUUACGAAUGCUGAUCAGAUAUCUAUUUCGAUUCUCGUUGGGGUAUCGAUGGCGUGGAGACAGUAAGUGUAAAAUUUUAGUACAUAAGGAAUUGUAAUUCAUUAUUUUAACUUGUGUUACCAACUAGAACAAAAACUGCGAGUCGGUUGGGUUUGUUGAACAUCUUCUACUUCUUUCAAA